AUGUAUCGGAAAUUGUCUAAGUUAGAACACUCGGAAAUAAAACAACUUCUUACAGAAGCUAACAUAGAAGUAGCAAAGCAUUACGCAACAAACAAAAAAGCACUCGCUGACAUCCUCAAUGACUAUAAUGGUGCAAUAAGUUAUGAUAGAAUUCAUGAGUUCAUAAAGCCGCAACGCGGCGAGGACGAAGUCCAUGCAAGAGCAUUUCCUUUAAAUGACGUUGCUAUUGACUUAUAUCAUAGACGUUCAGUACCUCAUGAAGUAAGAAGAGAAAUGUUUGACAUAACAAAUGCGAACGUUGGUCAUACUCGUAAAGCUCUUUCGCAUGAUGUUCGUCAAGAGAUGUUUGACAUAACAAAUGCAAACGUUGGUGAAACACGAAAGAGAGACGACACACUGAAACAACAGAGAAGAGAGAUGUUUAAGAGCGCUAUAGAACAAGUUCGCAAAGCUAACGAUGUCAUUCGUUCCAUUGACGACAAACCAAAAGAAGGUGAGAGAUGGUUAAAGAAAGAUGAAGAGAAUAGGAAGAGAAAUGUGAAGUCAGGCAAUAGACUCAUUGACUUUAACAUCGAAGCUUUAGAUGAACCAAACAGAGACUACUUACACAAACAUUUCGGUAAGGUUUUCAUGAGACUCUUAGAGAAAAUUAAAAUAAACUCACAACAGAGAUGGAUGGUAUGUUAUAAACUUGGUGGAAAGUAUGAAUGUUCUACGUUAAACCUCAAUAAUAUUGGAACAUUACUACAUCAGCUCUUGAAGGAGAACUUUAUAUCAGAGAUAGAAGCAAAUGCUGCAGGUAUUGUUGAAAUGCACUAUGACUUCUUCUUGACAAACAUAAAGAAUCUUACUGAAAUAAAGAU